AUGAAAUUUCGAUCGGGUUAUGGCUGCUCAUAUGGUACCAAAUGUCGUUUUUCACAUGAUCUUCAAGCUUUUUCUCCUUUUUACUAUGAAUCUCCUCGUUAUGAUGACAUGAUUUCGUCGACCACCUAUGCUAUGCCUCAUCAAAACUAUACACAACGACAAAUGAUGAAUCCUCAUUGGGUUUCUAAAAACGACUCACCUCAACACUCAGCGGUAUUUCAUGUCACACCCCAACGUGAACGAGCAUCUUCGUUUGCAAACUAUUCAAAGUCAUAUGGUAGCCGGUCUGAUAUUGUUUCUGUAUCACCACGUGGAAAAUUGCUAUAUAAGGAAGCCAUUGUCAAGCAAAGCAAGGCAAAGCACCCAUUGGAGCGGAAACACCAUGACUCAGUAACACAUGAAAGCCGACAAGAAAACAAAUCUAAUGACGCGAGCAGUCUUUUUAAUAAUGAGAAAGUGACGGACAGAACAGAGUCUCCCGACAAACCGUUUUCACGCCAUCAUCAACGACGCAAAAACCUUUGUCCGCGUAAGUGCGGGAUGCUAAACUCUGCUGAUGGCACUUUAACGGAGUUGCAUCGCGAUCCAAACUAUUUACUCAGUGAAGUAAGUAAUGCCAACGUCGCACGAACAAAGUAUGAACAGCAGCAACAGCCUCAACGCAAAGAACAGCAAAUAUAUUUGCAUCCGCCAAGAGCAGCACAAGUAAUGCAUCCAAUGAGUCCAUCAUACGCCCGAUACCUGGCGGAGGAGCAAUUUCACAGCCAUGUCAGCAGGCAAGUGGAAACUUUCAUUGAUUACAUCGACACAAAGCUGGCAUCGAUGAAAAUGCAUCAACAACAGGCCAUUGACUUGUUACAGGAAUUGGCACGCUCCCUGUGGCCUGACGCUUUAGUUGAUGUUUACGGGUCAAGCUAUACGCAUCUAGCGUUGCCGGCAAGUGAUAUCGAUUGCGUACUAGUUUCGAAGUCGUUGGUAGGAGAGCGGCCUUUGGCAAUUUUAAAGACUUUAUUGGCUAAAGUCGAGCGGCAGCCAUGGACGAAAAGACUCGAGCUACUCGGAAGUGCAAAAAUUCCUGUUCUCAAGAUGACAAAUUCACUGGACCCGACACAAUUAGAUGUGCUACUGGACGUUACCUGCGGUCAUUCUGUUGGGCACACUGGUUUAGAUGCACGCAACCUUAUUUAUUCGCUUCAAGCAGAGAUGCCAGCACUGCGUCCUCUUGUUUUAGUUUUGAAAAGCCAUCUUGUCAGCCAUGACUUGAAUUGUGCCUUUACUGGAGGCAUCUCAUCCUACGUAUUGGUGAUUAUGGUGAUUCGCUUUUUGCAGGCAUGCGGCAAUACCCAUUGCAAGUCAUUUGCAGAGUCGAACAUGUGCAGGGUUCGCAGCGGAAAUCGAAGAAGGAGCUAUUCAGAUAAUGCAACAGUAUACGGUGUACCAGAAGAGCUUGCCUACAUCUCAAGCCUUUAUGACGCCGUGGUACAUCCAAGAUGGCGCUACACAUUUUCCCGUAAUGGACGUAUUACGUGGCGUACUGGUGUUGGUAGCCUCUUGUUGCUUUUUCUGGAAACGUAUAUUACGUUUGAUUAUCGUCGGUUUGGUAUCUCGAUUGACAAAGAAGGAGAAUUUUUCCUGCUUCCACCUGAUAAAGCGGUCCCUAUGCAAUGCUCCGUUGUCAUUCCAUACGUCGCAGAUCCGAUUAAGCCUGGACGAAGCAUUUGCAACUGCUUUCGUAUGCACGAGGUGAUCCAAUCGUGGCAUGGCUUAUACCAAAAUCUGUUAGCUGGAGUCCCAGUAACAGCGUGUAUUGGUGGAGGCUUGACCCCAUGA